CGUAGCACGAAUACUCUCUUCAAUAAUCAUUCUGCUAUUUUGCUCAUUUUACCCUUGCUAUAUUCCCUACUCUAGAAUAAUUCAACUAUUGUGUACACGACCUGACCAUGGCGACCCAAGUCGAAAGCCAGGGUGUGCACUACCCCGGCUCAGGAGUUCACGAUGAGCUCCAGCACGAGGAAUUCAAGGCUGGUGUCGAGAAGAACGGCCAGUACAAUGAGGAGGAGGAGGAGGAGGAUUCCCCUUUUGAGAUGGUCCGCGUUGCUGUCUCCAACAAGGACGACCCCGACCUGCCCUGCCUGACUUUCCGCUCAUGGAUUCUCGGUAUCAUCUUUGCAGCCGCCCUUGCCUUUGUCAACCAAUUCUUCUUCUUCCGCGAAAACCCCAUCACUCUGGGUGGCUAUGUCGUGCAGCUGCUGUCGUUCCCGCUGGGCUUUGCCAUGUCCAAGGUGCUGCCGACGCGCAAGUUCCGCACAUUCGGCUUCGAGUGGACCAUGAACCCGGGCAAGUUCAACAUCAAGGAGCAUGUGCUCAUCUCCAUCUUUGCCGGCACGUCGGUGGGUGUUGCCUACGCCAUCGAUGUCGUGACCAUCAAGAAGAUGUGGUACAACUCCGAUAUGGGCUUCGGUCCCAGUGUGCUGUUCCUGCUGUCGUCGCAGGUCAUGGGCUACUCGUUUGCCGGCCUGUCGCGCGAGUUCCUGGUCUACCCCUCCGCUAUGAUCUGGCCGGCCACGCUGGUGUCGGUGACCCUGUUCCGUACCUUCCACGAGCACUCGGUCUGGAACGGCUGGUCGCGCACGCGCAUGUUCUGGGUCUGCUUCGCUGCCAGCUUUGCGUGGUACUGGGUCCCCGGCACCAUCUUCCCGACGCUGUCGAUGAUUGCGAUUCUGUGCUUUGCUGCCCCCAACAACGUCAUUGCGCAGCAGAUUGGUGACGCGCCCCACGGUCUGGGCAUCCUCAACCUCACGCUGGACUGGAGCUACAUCUCGUCGGGUUUCACGGGCUCGCCCAUCGCCAUCCCGUGGGUCAUGGCUGCCAACGUGUUUGCCGGCUUCGUCAUCAUCAUGUGGAUCAUCACCCCGAUCGGCUACUACACCAACACCUGGGGCCACGGCAUCUACCCGAUCUACACCGCGUCGCUGUACCUGCCGGACGGCGGCCGGUAUAACAUCAGCGAGGUCAUGACACCUGACCAGAACUUGGACCCCGUCAAGUACGAGGAGUACGGCCACCUGCGCAUGUCGUUCCACUUUGGUCUGACCUACGGCAUUGGCUUCGCUGGCCUGAUGACUGUGCUGUCAUACAUUGCUCUGCACCACGGCAAGGACAUUGUGCAGCGCGUGCGCCAGUCGCGCUCGAUGGACGACGACAUCCACGCCAAGCUUAUGCGCCGCUACCCCGAGGUCCCGCAGUGGUGGUACCUGGUCACCUUUGCCAUCACCUUCGCCAUGUCGAUCAUUGUGUGCGAGGUGUGGAACCUCAUGAACUGGUACUGGGUCAUUCUCAGUGUCGUGCUGCCCUUCAUCUUCACCAUCCCGAUUGGCAUCAUCCAGGCGCUCAGCAACCAGCAGCCAGGCCUCAACAUCAUCACCGAGUUCAUCAUCGGCUACGGCCGGGUUGGCGACCCCAUCGCCAACGUCACCUUCAAGGUGUACGGCUACAUCACCAUGGCCCAGGCGCUGCUGCUCGUCUCGGACCAGAAGCUCGGCCACUACAUGAAGAUCCCGCCCCGCACGCUGUUCAUUGCCCAGCUGGUGGGCACCAUCAUCUGCGCCUUUGUGCAGCUGGGUGUCGCGUACUGGCUCAUGAACACAGUCGAGAACAUGUGCAAACCCGAGGGCCGCCCGUGGACGUGUAUCCAGGCCAACACCUUCUACUCGGCGUCGGUCAUCUGGGGUCUGGUUGGCCCGGGCCGCAUGUUCGGCAGCGACAGCCCCUACCACGUCGGCCUCUACCUGUUCAUUGUCGGCGUGUUCCUGCCUGUGCCGUUCUGGUACCUGCAGAAGCGCUACCCGAACAGCCUGUGGAAGCACGUCCACAUCCCGCUGCUGUUCUCGGCCUCGGGCUACAUGCCGCCGGCGCCGUCGCACAUCUACGUCAACUGGUUCAUUGCCUGCACUAUCUUCAACUACUUCAUCCACAAGUACCGCAACCAGUGGUGGCAGCGCUAUGCGUUCUCGCUGUCGGCCGGCCUUGACUGCGGUCUUGCGAUCUCGGGCAUCAUUAUCUUCUUUGCGCUCCAGAACGUGGUAAUUCCGACCUGGUGGGGCAACCCCGAGUCUGGCACGCACUGCCCGCUGGCGAACACUGGAUUCAAGCCUCUUCCGGAGCCCAUCGCUUAGUAUUAUUUCAGUCCAUUCAUUCGAAGAAUAUGCUCACAGAGUGUCUAGUCAGAAUCUGAGGUUGCAUUGCCCGCUAGCCCAAGCCUAACCCCGUGCAGGCGGCGUGGCUCGCGGCAAUGGCAAACUAUGAGCAGCAUGUGCAAUAUAUAUCGGCCAGUUGCUCACAGGUUGGGUCAGUCUGUGGGGUAUGGCGUUGGCGUUGGCAUUGGCGUGCGGAGGGCUGUGUGCUGGCCAUCUCUCCAACAGAGCACAGCCGCCGUGUGAAAUGGACAAGGGUUCAGGGGCUCAAGGGCAGUGCGAUCCGCAUAUGUUCUAGGCGGAAGCAUCCCAGCUGGUCGGCUGCAUGGCAGACAAAGCGUCCGCCUGCAUAUGCCGCUCCCGGAUCAGGUGGCCAUGGG